GACCGUAAUGCGCAUGGGACAUGGAAGUUUGUACUUGUCGUGUUAUCAACGUUCAGGCGCCGUCCUUAAUCGAUAACACCAACGAACUCGGUUUCCAUAUGAUAUGUACUACGCUUAACCUAACAACGACAAAAACAGUUGUUGACAUCCACGAAUCGUUACGGACAUUUGUUCCAGCUUGACAACGGUGCCUGUCAAAAACCCACAAUGCCGGGAAACUUCCGAACGGAUCUUGAUCCAUAUCAGUCUGAUAUCCCAGAAGUUUGCUUUUCUCAAGUGACUGCAGCCUUGAAAGCAAGACUGAAAUUAGAUAAAAAUAAAAGUUUGGCUUGUAUGGUGGUUGCAGCCACGUCUCAGGGAAACAUUCUGAUAUUUUUUCAACAAAAACUUCUAAAAUGUUGCCAGCUUCCCUUCAGAGACUGUUCUGAAAUUUUGCUUUACCACAGCUUUCAGUUCGGUGUUACUAAGGAAUUUCUCAUUGCCAUUUCCUGUACCAAAGGUUGUGUUAUUAUUGACCUCCAGACUUUAUCUGUCAUCAAAGCAUGGCCUGAUGCAAAACGAGUUGAAGUCAAAGAUGAAAAGUUGCUGGGGUACCCUCAAGUGGUUCUCCAUCUGAAUCACAAUGAACUCCAACAGGAGAAAAUCAUUGUAACUCAUGAAUCUGAUUGGGAGGUUAAAUUCAAAGAUGAUCCCCCUUUGUUGGAAGGUGAAUCGGCUCUAAACAGUGUUGCCCAAGCUUUGGAAGCUCAAGCAAAAAAAGCAAAUGAAAACCUCCUCCUCCUGGAAAAGCAAAUUUCAUUCAGAAAAUCCCUGGCCAUUCGUGCCUUGACAGCUCUGAAUGACAUUGUUACAGCUAAGGCAAACAAUUUGCAACCUCCGUCAUACACGACAACGUUAGAAAAAGGAGAUUCCAUAACACCUGGAACUGAAGUUGCUCAAGUAAAAGACUUUAUCAAUCCUGUAGAAACAUCUGGAUUGUGGCAGUUUCUAGAUUGCAUGACGAAUUCGUGGGUUAUAGGUAGUGCAUUUACCAACAUAAGUGGAAAGACAUUGUCUGACAUCGCGUGCUAUUUCGUACUACUGAACGAAAGCACAGACUAUCGUGUUGAUUAUUAUUACACGGGCAAAAUUGCGAGGAAUGUGCCAAGUCCAUCGACUGUGUUCUCCAUGCAAGAACUUUUGGAAACGUCUAAAUCAUUCAAUGGAAGACUGGAUCACAAUGCCUGCCUGAUCGUUAUCGUCACGACGUCAAUCCCAAGAUUCGUGGAUAUUGAGGAGGAAAUGGGCAGUCUAUUGUUGACGUGUAAAUUAUCUAGCGGCCCCGCUCAAAUUUUUCAGUCAAGUUUGGGUAAUGUUCGAUUGCAUUUUAGUGAUCUAGGAAGUAAGAAUAUGAAUUUCUGUCCGACAACAGUAGACCCGAUGUCCCUCCGGAGAAAUAUUUUUGGGAUGUUAUCACUUUUAACGGCGGAAGAGGACGCAGUGGUAUCAACAAUCGUCUCAUCCGCGUUCCGGAGUUUCAGAAAAGUAACUCAGCAGCUGAGCAUGGAUUAUUGGACAUCUAUGCAAUGCUUCUACAAUCUCGGAGUGUAUGGGCAUGUUUGUAUCCUCAUGCUAGAGAACAAUGCCAAUAGUGUGAAGAUUAAGGUUCGCGCCCAGUCAGAAAGAAAACUGCAAUGGUUCAUUCGUCACUUCAAAUCUGCUUUGCCAGAUGAUUGCUCAUUCGCCCAAGCAACUGUUGGUGCUCAAGUUGUAGAACAGAAAUUUCCAGCAAUGAAUAACCUGAACUUUGCGGUUGCCAUGUUAUCGAAUGCAGAAAUUGUAAGUGAAGAUAUCGUAGUACUACAAGAAGACACGGCCCCGGCACUCGAUGCUGCUGUAGAGGAGAUUCGUAAAGAGUUUUUGAAAAAGCAGGGCAAGUUUUUAGGAAUAAGCAAGGAACGCUCUGGCAACAUAAAAAUUUCCACUGAACAUUAUCGGCAAUUACAACGUUGCUGGUUUGACUGAAAAUUGCACAUAAAUGUAUUAAUUUAGCUCACUGUAAUCCUGGAAUAUAACAUGCGUAAAA